CCCAGUCAACCCCAUGUGAUUCUGCUCUGGCGGUAUACAAGUAGGAGUUCUCCCAUCAGCUCGUUCUCCAUCCAAGUUCCAACCACAUUGUUGGUAGCUGCUGUACAUGAUGAUCCUCACUUCGUUAUCUACAGACACGGUAUGCCAUGCGACAGUUUACUAACCUACGGCUCUUCAAUAUGUUAGCCUUCCUUCAAAGCGCUGACUGGUUUUCGUCUUUGUCUAUCGAGGAAGCGUCCCCGGAAAGUACUAACUUUAACAGGAGUCUCUAGUCGCUACAAAAACACGGUCCAUUCCUGCUUGAUCGCGGCUAACCGAACCUUCCGCGGCGCUUCAAAGGCGAAAAUGCUCACAGCCGAUCAAUGAGUAUAUUCAACCUGGCGGUUCGUACCACGGGAAACUCGGUGUUUCACGUAGCUCGGCUGAUUCACGAAGAUCAACAAUGACUUCACGGCUCAUCCCUCGCGUAACUCCCGUCUAGCUGCUCGCUAGAUCACUCUUAGAGCCUCGCAUGCAGUGUAAAUAAAACGCCGCUGGAACUCUGCGUUACGUACGCGUUGCGUUUUAUCAACUUCGCGAUAUUUUGCAACAAUGGCGGAACAGCCGGGCGUCAACGUGCAUCUUCACGCCGCUCCACACAAUCACCUCCUCCACCUCCACCACCACACUCCCGAUCACGCCGCUCCGCCACAGAGCUACGAAUCAUCCCCGUUACUCGCCUCUCCGUGUACCGACAGGCUUCCAGGCGAUCAGUCGAUCUCAUGUAGACCCGCGGCUAUGCCUAAAUCCGCCAACUCGCACAAUCCGCCGAUGGCCAUCGGGGGAUCGGUGGUCGGGGGAGCGGCGAUUGGGGGAGCGGAAGCGGGGGAGGGGAAGCGGACGGCGCGGAAGGCGUAUGCGGAGGGCAGCAGGUGGCUGCGGGGGAAGGCGCACGAGGGGAAGCGAGUGGUUCCGCUGAGCUUUCGCGCGUCGAUGUUUCUUCUGUUCGCGGGGAUUAUGAUGGUUGCCGUCUCCUUCAAAUCAAUACCUUCACUCAACAAGAAAUCGUGCCCCGCGAGCGAAAUCGUCAACGGAAAUGGCGACGCGCAGCAAGCCUUAUUCGCGAGCCGCAACUUAAGAAGCGGCCGUGCGGAAGUGAUGAUUGCGGGCUCCGGCGACGAUCUGGGAUUGGACGAGGAUCAACCGCCGCCGAGGACGGCUGAAAAUGCGGAGUUUUCAGGAGAGGGGCACGGAACCACCAGAAUGAUUACAGGCUCGCAAUUAGGUUCGGAAUUAGGUCCGGAAUCAGGCUCGGAUUUGCAAUCUCUGGGGGGAAGGCGUCCAGGGGGAAGAGAUGGUGAGGAGGGAAGCAGUGCGGUUGCAGGGAGGAGACUGGGAGGGGAGGAGGAGGGGAGAGGAAGCAGAGGGGAGGGGGGACAUGGGGAUAGUGAGGAAGAAGUUGAGUUCAAGGGAGGGGAGGAGGGCAGAGGAGGGGAGGAAGGGCGUGUGUGGGGGAAGCGGAUUGCUGGUGAAGACGGGGAGGAAGGAGGGGGGAGAGAGGGAGAGAAGAGUGGGUUGACGCAGCAGAGAAAGAGGAAACGAAGGUACAGGACGGAAGAGAAUGACGAGAGAGACAGGGGCUCUGAAAGGGAGAGAGAUGGAGGGGAGGAGAACAGGAGGGAAGAGGCUGUGGGGGAGGAUGAAGGGGAGGCGGGACAAGGCACGAGGGGGAAUGGGAAGUGGCGGAGGCACGACCGGGAUGGGGGGGAGGUGGGAGGAAGAGAGGAGGAUGAUGACGAGGUGGGUAGCAAGCGUGGCGAGAAAACGACUGAUAGGAGUGGGUUGAGGGGCGGGGAUGAAGACGAUGAGGAGAUCGGGGGAAGGAAGGGGCCGCAUCGGGAGGAGGACGGUUUGGGGCCUGCGAAGAGGGGGGAGGAGGAAGAUGAAGAGUUGGGCGGUAAGGGGAAGCAGAAGGGGGGGAGUAACGGGGAGGUUAGAGGGGAAGGUGAGGACGAGGACGGAGAGGAGGGAGAGCAUGGAGGAAAGAGACAUCUUGAGGAGGAGACCGAGGAGGGAAGUGAGAGGAAGGGUAAACAGCAAGCUGAGGAGGAGGAGGAAGGGCUGGCGAUCAGCAGAGGGAGAGGGGAGAAGGAGGAUGCCUCGAGAGGCCUAAGUGACGGCAGUAGCCAUAUUGGGGAGGAGCACGGUGAAGAGGGGGGGCACGGGGAGCACGGGGAGCAUGAGGAGCACGGGGAGCACGGGGAGCACGAGGAGCACGGGGAGCACGGGGAGCACGGGGAGCACGGGGAGCACGGGGAACAGGAAGGGGAAGAGGAGCGCAAGGGAGAGGAGGGGCAUGAGGCACAGGAGGGGCACGAGGGGCACGAGGGGCACGAGGGGCAUGAGGAGCAUGAGGAGCAUGAGGGGCACGUGGGUCACGAGGGACAGGAGCCAGGGGUUGGAAUGGAGGGCGACGACAGAGGAAGGGAAGAGAAGGGAGAGCAAGGAGACAGGGAGCAGGAGCAUGAGCACGGAUUGGCAGAGGAGCAGGAGCACAGGGCGCCAGAGGAGCAUGAGCACAGAUUGGCAGAGGAGCAUGAGUAUGGGGAUGAGGAGACUGGUCACUCACUUACCACCUCCUCCUCUUCCUCGUCCUCCACUUCCUCCUCCUCCCUAGUAUCCCCACUCUCUGAGUAUUCCUACUCUUCCUCCUCCGUUCCCCUGCCCCCAUUUGGGUUCAACGCCUCACUCUCCCAUGCGCCUCCCGUACCCGUUAGAGAGAAAUUCCUUUGGAGAGCCCCGAAGAGUCAGAAAUAUGCGCAGUGUAUUGCUCGCUCCAGCACCCAUAAAGUGCCUGUGAAGGGCUCCACCAACGGCUAUCUGCUGGUCACGGCGAAUGGGGGCCUUAACCAGAUGAGAGCCGCUAUCUGUGACAUGGUGGCUGUGGCCCGCAUUAUGAACGUGACUCUCGUCGUUCCUGAACUAGACCACACCUCCUUCUGGGCCGACCCCAGCGAGUUCGAGGACAUCUUCGACUUGGACCAUUUCAUCACGUCUUUAAAAAAGGACAUCCGAAUCGUGCGCCAGCUGCCCAAGCGAGUGGAGCACAUCCAGCCUCUGGAGAAGUUCCCAGUCUCCUGGUCGCCGUUCUCCUACUACCGGGAGGAUCUGCUGCCCAGAGUCAAGAAGCACCGGGUGAUGCGCUUCCCUCUCACUGACUCGCGUCUCGCCAACAACGGGGUUCCGGACUCGAUCCAACGGCUGCGGUGCCGCGCCAACUACCGGUCGCUGCGAUACACGCCCGCGAUCUCGCAGAUCGCAGCGAAUCUGAUCUCGAGAUUGCAUGCAAGGGGGCCAUACAUUGCCCUGCACUUGAGAUACGAGAAAGACAUGCUGGCCUUCACUGGGUGCGACCACGGGCUGGGAGAGCGCGAGAGGGAGGAGCUAAAGGCCAUGCGGCUCAACAACUCGCGGUGGAAGGAGAAGGAGAUCGAUGGGGAGGCGCGCAGAACCGAGGGGGCGUGCCCGCUCACCCCCCGCGAGACGGCGCUGUUUCUGCGGGCUAUGGGGUAUCCGAACAAGACGCUCAUCUAUGUGGCUGCUGGGGACAUCUACGGCUCCAAUGGGCUCGAGGACCUGACUCGCCUGUAUCCGCACACGUACACGCACAGCACCUUGGCUACACCUGACGAGCUGGCGAGCCUAGGCGCAUACCAGAACCGGCUGGCAGCGGUUGACUACACUGUGGCGGUGGAGAGCGACGUGUUUGUGUACACGUAUGAGGGCAACAUGGCGCGGGCUGUUCAGGGGCACAGGCGGUUUGAGGGGCAUAGGAAGACCGUCAUUCCGGACAGGGAGGCCAUCAUUCGGUAUAUUGACCAAUUGAAGUCGCGCCAAAUCAGAUGGAAGGCCUUCCGGAGGCUUAUCAGGCAAGCACACAAACAGGGAUUGGGCGCUCCUCACUUGCGCCAGGUUGGCGAGAAUCCCAAGCUAGAGGAAAACUUCUACGCGAACCCCUUUCCGGGAUGCAUCUGUGAGGUGGAGAGGCAAGCAGACGGGGCCGUUCGCCUGUGUAGGCGGGUUAGUGGACAAAAGCGAUGCAAGGAGAUGCCAAAGAAUGGUGAAGAGAGCACAUAGGAAUUGUUUUAGGGCUGUUUUUCCUGUGUAAAGCUCAUUCUCACUUAAAGUCUUGUUGAUAGUUUUUUUGUGUAGUCUUGUUUGAUCUGCCCGAGAUGUUA